GACAGAGCUGGGGCAGCUGCAUUAGCAUUUAAUGGAGGGCUGGUGCCAAGAGCAGCAUCUGGUGUGGGGGUACAAAGCCAAGACAAAUCCUGUGUGUCUGCACCUUCCUGUCCCAUCAAGGGAGGGUAAAUCGAGGCAAGUUCAUGCUCUUUGCAGUUUGCUGUCAUYCAUGUCCUUCCAGGAAACAGGUAGCAUGCGACAAACGCAAACAGCUAAUAAGAACAGAAUGGGGAAAAARAGAAGUGCAGAGCUGGAAAUAGCUCCUUACAUAAAGGACUAGCGCCUCAAUCUCAUUAGUGUCUUAAGGAGCGGGCGCUUGGCCGCCUCCGACUCCCAAUGCAAACCCCAAUCUGAUCAGCAAUCGGCUUUGGGACCCUGGCAGGUGCCACGUGGCACCAGGACACAGCUGUGCCCCUUGGGCAGCCACUCCACUGCCCAGAGCUCGCAGUGCUCGACCCAGUCAGUGUGUGCCCGGUGGGAGCCUCCCCAUGAAGCCAGAGCUGCUGUCCUACAGUCUGUGACGGGAGUCACUGCCUCGGAAGGCCAGGCACCAUGAGGCAACAGUGGACCAGGCGUGCGAGCCUGUCAGCCAGCCUGAAGAUAGGGGAUCACCGGGGCCGCURCCGGACCCCGGAGGAAGAGGAAUCCCACAUCCCAUUUGCCCAGGACAGUUUGAUAAGGCAAUGGAACUCCAUGCAGAAUGUGGCAGACGAAAACCAGGAGAAGAGCCAGACUCCCAUCCAAAGGAACAAGUACCUSCUCAACAUUAACGUGGGGGGCAAAUUGUUCCAGAUAGCUUGCAAGAUACUGGCCAAGUAUCCCAUCACCCGGCUUGGGAAACUAGCCCUCUAUACAGACCCUAUGAAGAAGCUGCAGCUCUGUGAUGACUACUUGGUGCAGAAGAAUGAGUACUUCUUUGAUAGAGAUCCUAUGAUUUUCCACUACAUCUUCCACUUCUACCGCAGUGGGGUCCUGUGGGUGAUGGAAGAGAUGUGCCCUAGUAACUUUGUUGAGGAAAUCGAGUACUGGGGAAUCCAUCUGAAAUACUCCCAACGYUGCUGCCGGAUCCUGUUUGAGGAAAAGCAAGAUGAACUCAGUGAGUACCUGAAAAUAGAGAAGGAGCUGGAGGCAGAACUGGAGCCCCUGGAGUCAGGGGAGCAGUUUAAUGGCAAAUUUCUGGGUCGGUUUCGGAAGGCGGUCUGGAACCUCAUUGAGAACCCAUACUCUUCUAUCCCAGCCAAGAUCAUUGCUGUCAUGUCAAGCUUCUUUGUGCUUAUCUCCAUUGUGGGCAUGACACUGAGCACAGUGGAGGAGAUGAAAAAGACAGGGAAGAUGUGGAUGGAGCAGAUGGAGAUGAUCUGUGCCAUCUUCUUCACCUCCGAAUACCUCAUGCGCCUCAUAUCCUCCUCCAGCUUCAAGAACUUUCUGCGGGCAGCAUUUAAUGCUGUAGACCUGGUGGCCAUCCUGCCCUUCUACAUCCAGCUCCUCUUUGAAAAUAUGGAUGAAGGAGACAUGCAAUACCAUGAGGAGCUGCACAAGGUGGAGAAUGUCAGCAAACUGGGCAAAGUCCUCAAGCUCAUCAAGCUCAUGAGGAUCUUCCGCAUCCUCAAGCUGGCGCGUCACUCCACCGGCCUGCGGGCCUUCAGCUUCACCAUGCGCCAGUGCUACCAGCAGGUUUGCUGCCUUCUCCUCUUUAUUGCCAUGGGGGUCUUCACCUUCUCUGCUCUGAUACACUCGGUGGAACACGAUGUCCCCGGCACUGACUUCACCAGCAUCCCCUACGCGUGGUGGUGGGCAGCGGUCAGCCUCUCAACCGUGGGCUAUGGAGACACCGUGCCUGACACAAUACUUGGCAGGAUGGUGGCAUUUGUCUGCAUCUCCUUCGGCAUCAUCCUCAAUGGCAUGCCCAUCUCCAUCCUCUACAACAAGUUUUCUGACUACUAUGCCAAGCUGAAGGCCCAUGAGAUGAGUCAGUCACAUCAGCUUUCCAGGAGGAUCCGCUUGAAGGAGCGAGUCCUGCAGAAGUUCUCGGAGUGCUGGAGAGCUGACCCGCACUAUUACCGCUGACCACAGGCUCCCCACCCCCAGACAUCCCCUGCCCUCUGUCCUGGCCAUCUCCCCAGCAAGCCCUGUACCCCAGGGAUGCUCUGUAUGGCCAGGACAGGGUGUUUGCCUGCCAUGGGCUGAGGCAAGGGGCACCCCACCAUCACAGGGAGUGAGUGGUGAGGCUGAACUGUAACCUGUUGGAGGUUAGYAGCCCAGUGUGACCCCUGUGCAGGUGCUGCUCUACUCCCCACUGAGUGGGACAUGCACAGGCUCCUCCAGCCCUGGGCCCCCUGACUCCCUCCCAGCCRAGCAGCCCCAGCCUAGUCCAG